AUGUACCGCCAAAUACGUAUAAAUGACGAAGACACUGACUUUCAGAGAAUUUUGUGGAGACCAAAUACUGAUCAACCGAUACAACAUUACAAGGUACUGCGACUUACAUUUGUAACUGCUUGUGCCCCAUAUUUGGCAAUGACAUCUAUUCAACGGCUGGCUAUAGACGAACAAUCGAAGUAUCCGCUAGCAGCCAAAAUAACAUUAUAUGAUUAUUAUGUGGAUGAUUUACUUAACGGUUGCGAAUCUAUCGAUGAAGCUAAAGAAAUUUAUGACCAAAUGGUUAAAUUAAUGGGUGUUGGCGGUUUUAUACUGCAGAAAUGGAACACGAACUCUCAAGCUUUAUUAGAAUAUAUUGAAGAAGAAAGUAAAGGAUCAGAAGUACUAGUUUUCAAAACUAAUAACGAUAUGAUAAAGGUGCUCGGCAUAAGAUGGAAUCGGACAACGGACUGUUUUGAAUACGUCUUAAAAUUAUCAGAUUUAUCUGAUAUAAUUAAUAGAAUCAGGCGUUACUUUGCGGAAAUCCAUUAUAUAAAAGAUUUUAGAAAAAUCUACUUCUCAAAUAUCCGCGUUAUAAAAUAA